AACAAAAACAGACAAAACAAAACGCAACAACCACUUGAGCUGCAAUCGGCAGCUUCUGAAAGGAUUCAUAUUUUUUAAGCUGCACAAGAUUUUCUCCUUAUGCCAAAAGCGUUUUUAAAUGAUACUAAAAUGGUCUUAGGAUGUUCCCCGUUUUUCGACAGAUUAUUAGCACAAAUCUCUCUCGGUCUCUCAGAAACGUCCAUGCAACAGGCGAUAUUCUCGCACACAGACUCCGCUCUGCUCCCCACCUUCCCACUUCCCCCGGAUCCAACAAAUCCGCUGUCUCACCUGGGGACGCUGAUGCCAGGACACGACGCACCGCGGACCGGCGGAUGGGACAGGAGAAUUGACCCAGGCUUACAAGGCUGUCAUCUUCUGGGUGGAGCGAGAGAGGCAAAACGGGAAGCACAUGCAGACCAGAGCGUCACCAUCCUGCACGCCAAGGUUGCUCAGAAGUCCUAUGGCAACGAGAAAAGGUUUUUCUGCCCUCCACCUUGUGUUUAUAUCAGCGGUCAUGGAUGGAGAGUCGUGCAGGAUCAUUUGAAAGCGGGAGGUUAUGGGGACUCAGUCUAUCGGAUAUGUGGUUACAUGUGUCUGGACAGCUCCAGUCAGUCACAAGCAGAUGCAUUCAAACUGCUUUUUGAUGAGCAACCAAACUCAAGGCAGUUGUUUGCUUGUGCAAAGUCCCUCUUCAUCUCCGACCAAGACAAGAGGAAGCAUUUUUGCCUGCUGCUGCGACUUUUUUUAGGCAACAGACAGGAAGUGGGUUCCUUCCAAAGCAGGAUGAUCAAAGUGAUCUCCAAACCUUCCCAGAAGAGACAGUCCAUGAAGAAUGCUGACUUGUGUAUAUCCUCCUGCUCCAAAGUGGCUUUGUUCAACCGUUUACGCUCACAGACGGUCAGCACUCGUUACCUCUCAGUGGACAGAGGAGCUUUCAUAGCCAGUGCCAGACAGUGGACAGCCUUCACCAUCACCAUGGUGGAUGACCAGCGUGCUGACCAGGGUGGGAUUGUGCUGAGUGAAGGCUUCAUCUGUUAUGGUUCUGUGGUUCAGUUCAUUUGCACUGAGUCAGGAGUUGCCCUGCCACCCAUGGUUAUCCGGAAGGUCAACAAGCAGCACGCCAUCUUAGACGUGGAUGAACCCGUUUCUCAGCUACACAAGUGUGCCUUUCAUUUCAGAGACAAUCCCAACGCUUAUCUGUGCCUAUUGAAUGAUACCAUCAUACAGUACCAGGCUCCAUCCAGCAUCAGAGACUCCAGCAGGGUGGUGCUAAACGAUGGAUCCUGCUGGACCAUCAUUGGUGUGGAAGUGGUUCAAUUCACCUUUAAUCAGGGUUUGACCUGCAUUCAGACCCCAGUCAGUCCUUUUCCUGUUAUUAAUGGGUUAGAGGUGAACGGUGGAGGACAUGUUGCCAUGCUGGAGAUCCAUGGAGAAAACUUCAGCCCUCACCUCAAGAUGUUGUUUGGGAACAGAGAAGCUGAGACGAUGUUCAAGUCUCCCAAAUCUCUGCUCUGCGUUAUUCCUGAUGUUUCAGUUUAUAGUGACAACUGGCGCUGCUUUCGUCGCAUUAUCACUCUUCCUUUGUCGCUCAUCAGAACUGACGGCCUCAUUUACCGUACAUCCUAUAGCUUCACCUACACCCCGGAGCUCCACCUGUCUGCAUCCUCCCGAGGGGCAGCCGGGGGCAGAGAGGGAGGGGCAGAUGGAGGCCAGGAAGAUGGAGAGGACAUCCUGUUAGAGACAAUUCAUCAAGAAUUCACCAGAACUAAUUUUCACCUCUUCAUGCAGAGUUAACCGUCUUGUUUACAGUCCUCAGCUGAAUUUAAUAUUAUGAAACAAAGAAAUAAGGUCUGCAGUCUGGUCCAAUUACAUAAAAUCACUCAUUGUAGUCUUUUGUAGACUUCUUUGUUCUUGCAGGAAUACAUUUCACACAGGGGUCUCCAAUGAAGGGUUUAAAGAAAUAGUAAUUAUUUGUUAACAUGGCUCUUUCAGCGGGUUUGUUCAUGAUGCAAUUUUCAAAUCCAAAGGAAAUAUUUGGAUUCAACCUUUGCCAUGCAGCAGGAAGUUCGUCUGUAUUGAAGAUAGAGAGAAAACACUGAUUUUCUGUGGCUAUCAGAAAGACACAUCUCGGUAUGUCUAAUAUAAUAUUAUAAUGUUUAUUGAAGAAGAAAGUAUGUCUUGCAACAAAAGACCUACUGACCGCUCUGUGAGAGGAUGUUUUUUCUGAAGGGACAGACUGAGGCAGCCUGCGGAGAGAAUAAACUGCUUCCUAUUUGAUCCAUUUAGAAACAGCUUCCAACUUCAGUUUCUGUGAAAUGAAGGAAGCAAGAGUGUAAUCUGAGGGUGUACCUUUUUAUGUUUGCAUGCUAGUUUGUGACCCAGCUGUCAUAAUUUAAAGUCAUGUAAGACAAAACAUGGUUCAGUUUUAAGCAACCAGGUUAUCAAUAAUCACCAUCAUAUACUGAGAAAGGGAGUUAGGAAACUAAACAAAAAUCUGAUCAAAUCUCACAAAUAAUAUCUGCAUAUAAUUUAUAUGGUGAAUAUUUACAUGGGUUGGGCAAAGCAUGGGGUCUUUCUCGAGACCUCUGCCUCCAGAGGCCAUAGGGUGAGAGGCACGGUGUACAAAGUUGACAGGUUGCCAAUCUGUCACAGGGACAGUGACGCACAUUAAAGAAACAUUUUAAUACAGAAGUGCACCAAAUAAACCUGCUUAAAGGUUUUUAACCUUUAAGUAGGUUUUCACAAGGUGCUUUUUAUCUGCCAAGACAACCUUAUGAGAACAUAUUCUAAUUUAUUGAAAAUGACUCUGCAUUCUGAGGAAACCAGAGUACCCAGAGAGCAACUUUACACAGAACUGUCAGGAAUUCAACACAGGGCCUUGUUGGUUCGAGGCAACAGUAUUUACAACCAAAGAUCAGCUGAAAAUUAACUGAUCAAACUGUCUCUAACAAAAGGCAGAUGCAACGUAUUGCAAUCGUUUGUUUUUUAGCUACAGUGGCAUUUUGGUUCUUAGUGGAAUUGGGUAAGGAGAAAACUUACACUUGGUGAGAACAUUCAGACUCCACACAAAACGGCCCCUGAGAGAUCUGAACUAGAGACCUUCUAGUUGUUGGCCAAGAGUGCUGACUGUGCUGCAACAGUGUUGAUAGCCCGACUGACCCAAGUGUUACUUUGAGAGAUUUGUGCCUCUGCAGAGGUUCUGUUAUGAAAAACAACAGUGCCAUGUCACCAAUGCUGCUAAUGUUAUUACUGCCUCCUUCAUUUAUCCAGCACAUAUCUGAUUAGACACAUAUAUUUUGGCUCUGGACUGUUGGCUGAGUUCAUAGUGACUCAUUAUUUAGUUGUGAUCUGUUUAAAUCAGUUUUGUGCUUAUGAAAAUUAUAGCUGUUGUAUUUUUAGGCUUUGAUCUGACUAACCAGCGCAAUAAUUGGUGGAAUAAGGUUUUGUUAUCAACAUAUCUACAGUAUGUCACAACUUUGCAUAUUUAUGUAGCUAUUUGUAUUUGUAUUAUACAUACAUCUAAUAUUAUGCAUUUAAGCUUUGGUCACUAAUAAUCAGCUUAAUCUUUAAUAGCAUUUUAUUCUCUUUGUGCUACCCAUUUUACAGGAACCUAAUAUUUGUACCGGCAUCAACGUUGACCAGCCGAGAACUAAAACUUGAGACAACACACUUGAAUAAUUACUUUAGAUCACCAAUGAUUGUUCAAAAGCUUUCUUUGCAAACUUUGUGAACAGAAAAGUCAAGCUGCUCAGGUAUCCAUGUUUUCAUGAGUUUAAGGAUUAUUUCUGUGGCUUUGCGUCUGGAAUUGCCUCUGAUCUUCUGCUGUGCUGCACAUUAAACAGAAAUGUUGGAAGCAGAAUAAAGCGACGACAGAUA